UGUUCUGGUUUGGAAUUUGAAUCGAUGAGCUUUUCACGUUAUAAGGUUUUCUGAUUUUAAUAACAAUUUUUUCUGGUAGCUUGAUUAAUUUUUCCUUUUUGGAUUGGGUUACUUUUUUGGAAGUUGGCAGUUUCGUUUGGCAGCGUUUGGAGGGAUAAGGGAACCGUGACUUGCGUUAAUUGUACGAACGAAGUCACUGGAUCAUACUCUUCUUGGGGUAGGAUUUUCAAAAGAAUCCCACGGGGACCCUUUUUCGAUUCCCAUUUCAAAAAAUGUUCCCGUUUGCGGAGUUUUUCGGGGGCCUAGGCCAGCCGUUCCCCGGCGGAACAUUCCGUCGCGAAUACCGCAUCUAUUCCGCCAUCAUGUUUCCUAACGGAGACCGUUCGGAUGUGGAGAAGGGCGGCAAGAUCAUCAUGCCUCCGUCCGCACUGGAGCAGUUAUCACGGAUGAACGUGCAGUUCCCCAUGCUCUUCAAACUGCAGAACGGUCCGGCCAAUCGGGCCACACACUGCGGUGUGCUGGAGUUUGUGGCCGAGGAGGGUUUCGUGUACGCUCCAUCGUGGAUGAUGCGCAAUCUGCUGCUGGACGAAGGCGAUAUUGUGUCGGUGCAGAGUGUGUCCCUGCCCGUGGCCACGUAUUCCAAAUUCCAGCCGCAGUCCACCGACUUCCUGGACAUUACGGAUCCGCGUGCCGUGCUGGAGCGGGCGCUGCGCGGAUUCGCCUGUCUGACGGUGGGCGAUGUGAUUGCCAUUGAGUACAACGCCAAGAUCUUUGAGCUGCUGGUGCAGGAAGCCCGACCUGCCAGUGCCGUCUCCAUUAUCGAAUGCGAUAUGCAGGUUGAAUUUUCGGCCCCGGUUGGAUAUCGGGAGCCAGAACGAAUUCCUCGAGCCGCUCCCCAGGAAGAUGAGCCUAUGAUGAUCGAUGCUGAUGCGUUACCGUCUGCGCAGAAGUUCACGGCGUUUACUGGUUCCGGACAACGCUUGGGAGGUAAUAAGGGUAAUAAGAAAAAAGCAGCCCAGAAGGAAGAGCCUCUUCCCGUGGAGGAUCCACUGACUAAAAAGCGGAUUGAUGUGAAUACUCUGGCUCAGAAAGGCAUUCCGAAUUAUGAUUGGAAGCCCGGUAAACUGGUGUUCAGGCGAAACCUGCGGAAACCCACUGUGAGUGAGUCGGACCGUGCCGCCGCUAACCCGUUUGCCGCCUUCUCUGGUCCGGGAUUUUCCUUGAAAAAGUCCUCUUCAAAAGCGUAAUUUGUAAAAUAGGGAUUUUUUGCGUCAUAACUUUUUGAUAGAUAUUGCUAGUUGUCGCUGAAAGGGUAAAUUUGAAUAAUCGAUUAACAGUGGAGCAUUUGUGCAAAUGGUAUUCCGUGGAAUGCUUUUCCCGGAUUUCUGCACGAUGCGCUGGUUUUGAGACUUUGGUGGAUAGUUUAUCAUCGCUGUACAGUCUGUACCAAAGGGAAUCCCUUUUCUUUAUCAAUUUCUCGAAAGGUCAUGCAUAACUGUACUUACGUAAACGAUUUGAAAUCGAGUCUGAUUAUUAUGUUGUUUUCUGUGUGUGAUCUCUGGUCAAGAGAUUCUGACUUAUGAAAUGAACAGAGUAUGGGACCCUGUGUUACUGCUUAUG